AUGGCAUAUUGGGCUCAAGCAGUCCCUCUUCCCGGGCAGGUCUUGGCUGCACCUUACGGACUCGUUCCGGCGCCUGUUCUCAAUCCUGCGUAUGCAGCGCCAGCAAAUCCUCCUAAUGUACAAGCGUAUCACCAGAUACCUUUAGUCCCCGCUAGCAACCCUCCAAACCGCGUUUACCCUCAGUGGUGGGUGCCCAAUGGAGGAAACCCGGCGCUCCGUUGGGCUGCUUUACCCUACGCGAAUGGGGGGACGGAAAACCGGCCAUAUUCCUUACAUCAUGUCCUUGACCCGGCACAUCAGUCGCGCGGGCACCGCAAGCAAUCUCCUGAUGUCACCAUUCACUACGAUAUCCGCGAAUAUCCCCAAUAUGCGUCUCUGAACACCCGACCCCGGCGAAUGGCUUUAGGUGAUGAGUAUUUAAGAGCCGAUGCUACAUAUCCGCCCUGCGCCAGUAUGAAGAUUAUCAGCAAGAAGUUCCCUUGGGAAAUUGACGUAGAAUACCCGAAAAGCUCUGCGGCAGUGACCAUCGGGGAUGUCCUUCAAGCAGUACAUGAAGCCCUCCAUGUGAGUGCCACCCAGCUUGAGUGGCAGGACUUAACAGAGGAUUUUCGUCGGAGAGUCGGGGAACAAGCACGUCAGAACUGCGACGCCACCCUUAAACUUAACUUGAGGAAGGCUCGAUUUACGGAUGAAGGGGUCAAAAGGGUUGAUUGGCUCGUUGAUCGCCACAUAAUGAAAGGCCUCAAGAAAGAUGAAAGAUUCAUCAGGGAAUGUGUCAAGGAUCCUUCGAUGAGAGAGAGGACAUGGGUUUUAGUCACUAGUUCUAAUGACUCCUAA